AUGUCUGCCUGCGCUGCAAUGAGAAAAAGACUUCGUCGCAAUGAUCACAAUGCACGCCGCCGGACGCUGGCCAACAAACAACCUCCUCAACCUGAAUCGGGCUCCAAUCCGCUUCCUUCGCCACGGUCGCUCGACCAAGAUCUCAACCUGACCUUUGACUACUCCGUGCUUCAAGGUGGUCAGGUGCCCACACCUCUCUACCCACCGGCCCGCCUCUCUAGCGCGAAUCAAUCCUACAGGCCAGUUUUGCAGUCCGCCAAUCCGUGCUCUAGCACGACCUUGCAAGCAGGAGCGCGGCAGAAGUCCCUCCCUGAGGAUCCUGUGUCUCCGACCCCGGGGUCCAGUGGAGCGCUGUCCGGUAGAGACAGGGUCGUUUGCGCCAACGACCAAUCAGACGAUGAAGCCGACGAUGAAAGGGACGACCAAGCAGACGACCCAGCAGAUGACCCUGCGGAGAAUACAGCAACCUAUGACACGGGUCAUCAACCGGACAGCUGUGGUCAAGCGAGCUAUCUCGGCGAGUCCGGGUAUAUGCCUGUGUUCACCCAGCUUCGGUCCACCUCCAAUGCCCGCCCGAUCGAGCCACUUACCAUCGACAUUCACUACACUAUUUCCCCUCUGAAUCUGACCCUCCAGGUCUCUUAUGCUGAUGCAUUUACCAAAAGCUGCUAUUGCUUCUGUCCCAUCCUGGACAAAGCCACACUGAAGGACCCUAAAUUUAGUGGGUCGCUGCUGCUCCAGCAGGCCCUGGCGAUGGUCGGAACCAUUAUCCAACCCUCCCUCCUGCACAUCGAUGACCCGGCAUCGCACUAUGAAAAGGCGAGAAUCCUGCUGCAUCGUGGCGUGGAGCCAAAUCCUCUUGCCACCCUCGUGGCUGUCAUGUUCUUCUAUUGGUGGACCACUUGCCCUCCGAACGUGGUUAGUAUGAAUGGAUCUUGGUGGUGGACGGGGGUUGCCAUCCGUCAAGCACAAGAACUGGGCUUUCAUCGCGAACCCAAACCUGACCAGCGCAUGCGCCCUGGUGAGACUGUGGGCCUGCGUCGUCGGAUCUGGUGGACGUUGUUUGCGCGAGAAAGACUCACGUCCCUCUGUCAAGGACGGCCGCCCAUCAUCAAUACCGAGGAUUGCGACGUCCGUGCACCCUCAACAGACGACUUUCCCGAUCCUGCUGAUCCUCGAGCUAGCAUUUUCAUACAAUGGGUCCGUCUCUGUUCGAUCAUAGGCCGGGUGGGUGAUCAGCUUCGUCGCAGUCCUCAGGCCAACGGUCAAGCCCACGGCCUCUUGAAUGAACUUAAAGUCUGGGUGAACAGCUUGCCGUCCAAUUUGCAGCUGCCUUUUGCCUCUUACCCAACAGAGGGGUUUAAUCCUGACAUCUCUCAACUACAUCUGCCGUAUCUGUCCAGUCUGACGCUGCUGCACAUGAAGAAGUCAUCGCGCAGCGUGCCUACCGCGCAUUCUAUUGCCAUUUUAGCUGCCUCAUGCACAGCUCGCAUAUUUGAGGACCUCCUCACUCGCGGCUCGUUGAAAUUCCUCCAGGGCAUGGCAGGCUGGCACAUCGCCAUCGCCCUCCUUGCUCUGCUCCAUGCUCGCCAGACGAAGAGCUUGGAACUGGCUGCCGUUGCUCAAUUCAAUAUCCUGCGGGUCGCGUUGAAGGAAAUGGCGCAACGUUGGCCAUCAGCCGGAAUGUACGAUAAGGGGAUCGACAAACUUCUCGCGGCACAAACCCAGCUCGAACAGUCCGACUUGUCCGCAGACACGGAUCCCAUCACCGCUCUCGACAGAAUCCAGCCACCCCAUGUGGUUUCUCAUCCUUCUGAGACCAUGCAAACUCCAACAGGGGACCGAGAAGACAUGUCAGCGUAUUUUCCUUUUGCCACACCAGAUACGAGCCCCCUUUUUGAGAUCCUCCUGUCUCAUGCGGAGCUACCGCGCUUUUUGGGCAUUGACAGCUCCGGUGAUGUAGGCAUGCUCCUGUUUGAUUUGUUUGACGAGCCAUUCGGCGUGGGAGGUUUCGGCCAGGAUAAUUUUCCGUCGGUUUGGGAUCCUAAUCCUCAAGGCCAAAUUUUCUGA